GCUCGGCUCCCUCGGGCCCCAGGCGCUCUCCAAGGGCGCAGCGCCGCUCGCUGCCCGCGGCCCGGCCGUGGCCGGCGCUGCUCCUGCCCGGGGCAGGGCCCGGGGCCCGGGGCGGGUGUGUCGGGGCGGGCAGAGGCGCCGGCGCUGCCCCGGCGAGGCGGGGCCGGGCGGGAGCGGCCCGAGCGCGGCUCCGCUCGGCUCCUGUGCGGCUGCCGCGGAGCCGGGGCCGGGCACGAUGGCGGCCGGGCUGGGGCCGGGGCUGCUGGCCUUGGCCUUGGCCUGGUGGUCGGCAGGGCUCUGGGCACAGCCGAGGCUGCAGGAGGCCGGCGGAGGGCUGCGAGCGCCCGGGGACUCCGUGACCCUCUCCUGCCGCGGGUCCGGAUUCACCUUCCAGGAUUAUUUUGUUCACUGGUACCGCCAGGCACCCGGGGGCAGCCUGGAGUGGGUGUCCUAUAUCAGCUCUCCCAGUGGCACUACACAGCGCUACGGGUCAGCAGUGGAGGGUCGGGCCAAGAUCUCCCGGGACAAUUCCCGGUCCGAGGCUUAUCUCUCAUUGCGGUCCCUGCAAGCUCAGGACUCUGCCCGGUACUUCUGUGCCAUCCCACGGGAGCAGGAAAUGCAGAUGAGCUUUAACACAAACCCUCUGGGCUCUGGCAGAGGUUGUGUUCGGUGUGGGGAAGCAGUCACUGGCCAGGUGGCCUUGGAGCAGCACCCCAGGGAACUGACCGUGCGAGAGGGAGAUCCAGGCACCUUCCAGUGCAGCAUGAAGGGGGGUUCCAUGGGCAACUACUACAUGUACUGGUACCGUCAGGGCCCACAGGGCUCUCUGGAAUGGAUUUACAGGGAGGAUGAUUAUUUUGGAGAAGGUUUCCAAGAUCGCUUUAAGGGAAUACUGGAGAGCUCCAAGAACAGCUUCACACUGCAGAUCCUGGCAGCAGAGCAGGGGGAUGCAGCAACGUAUUACUGUGGAGCAAGAAUCACCCUGGGGCAGCUCUGUAGCAGAAUGGAUCAAAAACUGCCAGAUGGGGAAGACAGAUAUCUCAGCAUUUCUUUCUAGCAGCUGCUGCCCAGGGCUCUUGUCAGGCAAUGGCAGGUGCAGGAAACGUCCCUCUGGCUUGGUGGCACUAAAAGGCAGUGGAGGGAGGGCUGGGAGAAGGGCUGCUGCCAUUUAUGGUGCAAGAGGAUCUGUUCUGGCAACUGCCCAGGCUGUUUGUGCAAGUGCAGCUUUAGUGCACGUUGCCUGGGCUCCUGUCCAGCACGGCCUCAUUUUUGCUCGGUGCCUUGGCUGCAGAGCCAUGGGAUGAUGGAGAUGUGUUGCUGUAGCUGCCAGAGUGCUGUGGUGGAUGGAGCCAGGCUGUUUAGCAAAGGCAGAUCAGCAGGGAUGACAUUGCUCUGGGUGGCUGCUACUGAGCACCUGAUGAGGAAGAAGGAGUUGAGAAGUUGUGGUGAGAUGAUUUUGAUUGUCCUGCAGGAGCCCAGCAAGCUGUCUCUCAGUGCACCUUCUCAAAUAAACAGGAGGAAAAUAUGCAAUUAAGGCUUGUGGCUUGAGAUAAGGGUAGAGAGCUGUGCUUACACUGCCAUCUUGGGCAAAAACAUGGACUUGGAGAAAUUAAUUUAAAUUUUUGUGAAUCAAAUCAGAAUAGGAUAAGGAGAAAAAAGUACAAAUCUAAAAAAAUAUGAUCUGCCCAGUCAUUGCACAGGAUGGGGAAUGAAACUGUCAGUUCAUAGCACAUUUUGUCUGCCACUUCUUCCCUCUCAUUCCCUUCCCCUGCCUGAGUGUGGAGUCCACACCACAAAAUACAUUUCUCCAGGAAUUUUUCAACUUUGGUUCUUUGCAUUGUCUGCAGUUCUUCACAAACUCCUUCAUUGUGGAUCUGUAGUUCACAGUACAGUCCUUCAGGAACAGACUGCUUCAGUGUGGGUACCUGCAGCUUGUCCCAGAAAAGCUGCUCUGACAUGGGCUACUUAUUCCAUGAGACCACAGCUCCUGUCAGGAGCCAGCUCCAACAUGAGUUCUGCAUGGAGUCUGAGAUCUGCUCAAGACAUGUCCAGUUACUUCCGUCUGGGGAACCCUAUGCACUGAAGGGUCAAUAUCUGCCCCACCAUCACUUAACAUUUCCUGCAUCAUCCUGACCUUCAGCGUGGGCAGCAGGGUCAUCUCUGCUCUGGCCUCUGCUGCACCUCCCAGCCCUCCUUCCUCAGGACACUGAGCAUGGCUGUGGAAAGUGGGAAUCUUGCUUAGCCACAUUUACAGCGUUAUACACUGAUACAGAGGGUCUGAGUGGGUAAGAAGGUGGAAGUUGUGCAUUCUUCAUUCAGUUGUGCUCACAGCACUGACUUCCUUGGGAACCCUCUGGACAAAGUCCUUUGUCAUGGACUAGAAAACAGUUCAGUUACAUGGACUGUGCAAGGGUAGAUAUUGUGUGCUCCAUCCUCUCCUGGCGCCAUAUCUUUUU